GGUUUUUCUGUUUGAUUUAUCUGCUUAAUCCAAAACCCAAAAGCAGAGAGCGAGCGAGCCGCAAGAACCAGAGACUUGGAAGAUGGCGAUUAAUAGCCAGAGCAGUCGUAAUGUGCACGGCGGACCCGGAGGUUUGCCGCUAGAGAUACCGCUCGACACUAAAAAGAUAGUGCAGAAUUUGAGAGAGGUCGUCGGUAAGAACUGUGCUGAUAGUGAGAUUUACGCCAUUCUUGUGGAUUGCAACAUGGACGCCAACGACGCCGUUCAACGUCUUCUAUCUCAAGAUACUUUCCGUGAAGUGAAGAGCAAACGUGAAAGGAGAAAAGAGAUGAAAGAGACUUUACAAUUAAGGGCGGCAAGAUCUAACAGUGGCACUUCUAAUCGUGGAGCUAGACUUGAUAGUGACGGGAGUUCUUAUAUUGCGUCAACUGAAAAUAAUCAUAAAGAGCUUGGUAAAGCUGCAUACAAGAGAGAGAUUGGUUCAUCUAUACCAUUAGUAUCCUCUUCGCCUUCGAAUGUUUAUCAUGCGACAGGAAAGAAUAUAAACGACCAGCCUUCAACUAUCAGCAAUUUUUUUAACGCUGAUAAUAGAAGACAGUCAAUAGGAACAGGUGAUACCAUAUCUUCAUCUGUGCAACUGUCUCUAGGACUUCAGCCUGCAUGGCCAGGGGUUUCCAAAGGGCAUAUAUCAAUGGCUGACAUUGUGAGGCGUGGUAGGCCAGAAAACAGAGGUUCAGAAAUGUCCACUGAAAUACCAUACAUGCCUCAACUUGCAGUUUCAACUAACUCAUCUCAUUCUUGCAUCAAAUCUCUGGAAGCUUCGUCACCCCCAGAAUCAAUGAUGCACCAAGGCAUAUAUUCUUUCCAUCCUUCUAACCUGUCCGAGAUGAUCCAUGAAUCUGACAUGACUGCCAAUCAGCGUGAUGUUGACAAUGAAUGGCCUGAGAUUGAGAAUCUGACAUCUGCUAGCGGAUCAUCUGCCUUAUUCACGUCUGCUGACCCAAACACAGAGGUGUACGAUAAUCCUUCUUGCUUAAAUGGUGAUAUGGCUAAAUUGUCAACAAACUCCCAAUCAAAUAAGGUCCAAGUAUCAGAGAGGGAUAUUGAUAUCCAGAAUCUAAAUUCUUCCAAUGGGUCUUCUUCUUCAGCUUCUACUAGACAGAUUUUUGCAAAUGGUGCUGGAGAAGCAUCUGAUGAUGACUUGCUUCCAGAGAAAAGUACCCAUGAUUCGCUUUGGCACAAGUCCAAGACUCAAGAAGGAAUGGCCAGUACUUCAGAUUUACCUUUCCCAAAUCAAGCUGCAUCUGUGAACAGUGAUAUCGCAUUAGCAGUAUCAUCUGCUGCUGCACAUUUGCAGCAACUAAGGAUAGGCAAGGAGGGCCUUGCUAUGCCUCCGCCAGAGAAUAACAGUACAUUGGUGCUUCCAAAUUAUCUGCAAACCUUUGCUUCUGAUUGUUCACAUUUGAGUUUUGGUACCUAUAAAUCUGGAGCUGCUUCUGCAUCUCCCCAGCUGGUUGCAUCUAAUCCUUUGACAAGUAACUUGGAGUUCUCUGCAGCAGUAGAUGGUUCAUCUGCCAUGCACUUAAAUAUGAGAAAUUCAGGAUACCUUGUUGAUGAACAUCGUAGUUUUUUGUAUGGUUCUCCAACAACUGCAGAUGUUAGGGAUAGUGACUUACUUGUAUCUUCUCAGGCAGAGGCUAAGGCGCAAGAUGCUCCUGAAUCAACAUGUGGUCAUCCCAAUAUCUCCCCGUUGUCACUGCCUGAUUCCAGCAUCAAGAACAUUCAACAAUCGAGUCAUAAGUCAUCUUUUGGGAUAACUCCUUAUGCAAGGAAUCUUCCUACUUUGCAAAGUGAAAUGGUAAUGAAUUCGGGUACCUUCUCCUUACCUAAACAAUCCUCAGAGACUUUCCCGGGUUCCAACCAUGCCUAUAGAGCUGAACCUCUGCAGCUCUUGUCAGAGCGUUCUUAUUCUCAACCUACGAUUCCCUUGGGAGAAUCAGCCAACAGGAUUGGCUAUCCUUCCAUGCCUCAAAGCCAGAUGUAUGUUCCAUCUGGUUUGCAGCAAGUAUAUCAAGGCAGCAGCACUUACCAUGAUUCUCUGGCAGGAAUGAACUACAAUCUUUCACAAUACAGAAAUGGUGCCACUAUGAGCAUCUUGCCUCUGUCCUCUAAUAGCUGUUCUGCUUAUAGAAGUUUUGUUGAUACUUCUAACAAUAAUCCUGGAAAUUUUUUGCAUAACAUGUCCAUUUCCCCUACACGUUCUGCAGUUGGCUGUAAUGAUCUUUUACACCAUCACCAACUGGAUGGAAUUAGUUCAACACAUUUUCAACAGAACAAUCAUUCUACAAGGGACUCUGGUAUUGGUUCACAAACCAUGUUGUUUCAAGAAGCUGCAUACUAUCGCUCCCUUGGACAGAAUCCACAGCAUGCUGGAUAUAAACAUGGUCAGCUGGCUUCGCAUCAUUAUGAGUCUCUAGGAUACCCAAGUAUUUAUCCCUCUCAGAUGGAUUACACAAAAACUUCAGCUGCAAACCCUUGGUGAUCUUGUAUUAAUUGAUGCUCAAGCCCCACCAAUAAGAAAUUGUACCAAAUUUGGCGGUGAAUCUACUAACAGUUCGCAAUUUUUCAUAAGUUGUCUUGGAAGUAGUAGGUAGGGUGUUGUUACAGUUAAAAAAAAUUAUAAUGAUUUUGAGUGUGGCAAUGUCCCAUUGUACAUUCUUAAAAUAGAAAUGACUGACUUUGCCUUAUACUCAACAUUGUAUUUCCUCUAAUGUCCUGUUGAGAUUAAGAUUGGAUUUGAUCUGAGUUACCUGAGUUCAAAGUUCAAGGCUAAAUUGUUUUCUUACUAA